CCGGACCUUUCUGUCUGUAACACGAACAACAAAGGGGGCGAAUAGCAUCUGGAUGUUGCAGAAAUGAUCCGUGGAAAUGGCAGAGGACGGUUUGGAGGACCAGCUCCAAGACCCCUAGAACCGUACAACUCCUUUGAAAGGUACUCGGAAAAAGAAGACCUGAUGACAUCACCCUUGGGGAGUGGAGAUAUGAGCCAUGGCUGUUCCCAGAGAAGGUACGCAGGCCCGGUCUCAAGGCCCUUUGACAGCUUCGAAGGAAACAGUCUUGAAAGGUUCGGACCUUACGAGUCUUACGACUCCGGGUCUUCUAGAGGUAGCCGAGAUCUGUACAGAUCUGGCUUUGGAAGUAGUUUUGGUGGCGGAUUUGACAGCUCCUUCCCGAAUAACCAAUUCGAUAAUGACGUGUCUAGCUGGGAGUCGUCCUACCUAAGGUCCGGUUUAAGGUCUGGCUUUAUGGAUAAUGCUGGAAGAGGUGGUUACUCUUCCUACGGCAGCCUUUCUUCACCCCAUAUGAAGCCUGCGCCUGUAGGCUCUCGGGGCAGAGGGAUGCCUGCUUACCCUCAAAACAAAUUUGGAGGUAGAAGCAGUGACCUGGGCGGACCGACUGCAGUCAGAGGCCGAGGCAGAGGACCCAUGGGCCAGUUCGGGAACCCCCCGCCAGGCUUCCAGAUCGACUACCAGCACCAGCCCGCCUUCAGGGGCGUGAAGAGGAAGAUGAUGGCGCCCAGCAGGCCCAACACCUUCGUCAAGAAGCAGAAGCUGACCAAAACCAGCCUGGCCCCGAAAGGCAAAAUGGGAACGAACAGCCCUUCUGAGGCUGGUGGUGAAACGGACGAUGGAAACAACGGCAGCCAAUCAGAAGCCACCAUGGAGGAGGAGAAGCAGAGAAAAAUUGAGGCCAGGAGAGAGAAGCAGAGACGGAGACGCGAGAAGAACAAUGAAAAAUAUGGAGAUGGAUACAGAUUGGCGUUCACGUGUACUUUCUGUAAGUUCCGCACGUUUGAAGAGAAGGACAUCGAGAAUCACUUCGAAAGCCCUUCUCACAAGGAGACGCUCGACUACAUCCAGAAGCAGGCCAAAUUCGAUGAUGGAGUCAUUAACUUCUUGCAUGAGUCCAUGGUCAACAAAUUUCGGAAGACGGUGUCCCGGAAAUUGAAUAACAACCACCCUGAGCAGACCCUAGAGGAAAUUCAUAAAGAGUUAAUGGAAGGAGUCACGGAGGAGGACUACAUGAGGAAGGUGGAGGUCAUCCACUGCGUGGCCUGCCGGGCUCAUGUCCCCGCCGUCCUGUCCUCUGUGCAGCAGCACCUCAAGUCCAGCGACCACCAGAAGAACAAAGUGCUGUAUAAAGAGCAGCUGAAGAAGGAGAGCGUGCUGACAGCUACCAGCAUCCUGAACAACCCCAUAGUCAAGGCUCGCUACGAGAAGUAUAUUAAGGGGGAGGAUCCUUUCGAGGUUGAAGCCAAAGACGAGCCUGUGGAAGGCAGCCAGCAGGACAGCUAUCAGAACGACGCGGACCUGACCCAGUUUGACGACGGGUUAGGCGAAGACAGUGUGGAGCUGGAGGGUAACUGAACACCGCCCACACGACAGUGUGCUGAAUCCCUUGGUCUACAAAUGGGGGAGCUGUUUUUAACACGAACACUUCCUUAAAAGAAAUCCAUGCCUGUUCUCAAGGGGCAUCGGAAAUACAGUAUGUUCGCUGCUCAUUUUAAACUGCCUAGCAUGGGUACAAAUUAAACUCUGUAACUUUUUAGGCACAAAGCACAUGUAUUAUCAGUGCACAGAUUUCCUGUUCCCCCUUUUGGCCUGUAGUAGUGUUGUCCAUCUUGUCAGUGGUGGUUGUUAACAGGUUGAUCCAUUGUUUCAAUUCUGUAAGGAAUUUCCAUGGUGAUGAAUUCCAUGUCUUUUUUUAGGAUGUUGUAUCUAGUAAUGUGUGAUUGUGUUCUUAGUGUAAAGAAGUACAACUGAAAGAAUGUUGGUAAAAUUGUGCUACUUUCCUCUGUGUAGGGCCUGGCAAUAAAUGUUUUAAAAUUA